CUUGCUUCAAAGGAACAUGGCGACCAACGGCGUGGGCUUGUACCGGCAAGUGUGUCGCGUGGCUCGAGAGUUUCCACCUCUGAUGGGAAAGAAGAUCCGGUUUAAUGCCCGAGAGAUACUUCGCUUACGUCGACACGAACAAGACCCUGUCAAGGCCGCGGCAUACCUUCGGCAAGGCGAGGCGGACGUCGCGACGCUUCGCCUGGUGGCGCUGUCGCCGUCACUUGUGGAUGCAAUGGAUCGAAAGCCGCCUCAACCUGCUGCAUUGCAUCGAUAGGUUUAUUGUAUUAAACACGCUUUGGAUUUAUUGUUGGCGCUGUCG